AUGGCACCACCGGCUCAUAUUCCAACCCGCCGUAUGGGCAAGGACGGACCCGAGGUCGCAUGCAUCGGCUUCGGCUUGAUGGGUCUCAGUUCCGCCUACGGCGCUGUCGGGACAGAUGAAGAGCGCUUCAAAGUGCUUGAUCGUGCUUGGGAGAUUGGCGCCACCAACUGGGACACGGCCGACAUAUAUGGCGACUCGGAAGACUUGGUUGGCAAAUGGUUCAAAAUGCACCCAGAAAGACGCAAGGACAUCUUUCUCGCCACCAAGUUUGCAAUCCAAGGGCCCAUAACGGACCUCAGUGCGAAUAACUCGCCCGAGUACAUCCGUGAAGCUUCUCAGCGUAGUUUGAAGCGUCUCGGACUUGACUAUGUCGACUUGUACUAUGUGCAUCGCCUGCAAGAGUCCGUCCCGAUCGAGAAGACUAUCGAGACAAUGACAGAGCUGGUCAAGGAGGGCAAGGUCAAAUACCUGGGCUUGUCUGAGUGCUCGUCCACUUCACUUCGUCGCGCCCACAAGGUCCACCCCAUCGCUGCAGUCCAGGUCGAAUACAACCCGUGGGACCUGGCGAUUGAAGGAGAGGAGGGUACCAACAUCCUUGCGACCUGCCGUGAACUUGGCGUCGCUGUGGUUGCCUACUCGCCCUUCAGCCGUGGUCUAUUGACAGGCGCCCUCAAGUCGCGCGAGGACUUUAGUGAUCCCAACGACUGCCGCCUGUUCCUCCCCCGCUACAGUGAAGAGAACUUUCCCAAGAACCUGGAGCUUGUGGCCGAGAUUGAGAAGAUUGCAAAGGAGAAGGGUUGUACUUCAGGUCAGCUCGUGCUGGCAUGGCUGUUGGCGCAAGGUGAUGAAAUCAUCCCGAUUCCGGGGACCAAGAGGAUCAAUUUCUUGGAGGAGAACACGGCUGCUGCUUACGUGAAGCUCACGGCCGAAGAGGAGAAGAGCAUUCGGAAUUUGGUCGACAAGGCGAACAUUCAGGGUGACAGAGGUGCAUUUGUCAACUCGUAUUGCGACACUGUUGAGUUAUAA